AUGCACAAGUUGCAACAAAUGCAAUUUCCACUUGAUUUAAGUUAUAAUGGUGACCUUUCCAAUGGCGGUGUUACUAAAGCCAUUAGCGAUUUGUUUGGCAAGUGCCCAGCACCUACUGAUGCAACACAGUUGUGGAAACCUGGAACAACACCACAUCAAGGCUGGCGGUUGCAGCUAAGAUACAUUGUUAAAGCUCUAUCAAUGAUAUAUGCAAUAGAAAGAAUUAACAAUUCGACCCUAUUACCAGGAAUAAAACUGGGCUAUGAAAUAUAUGAUUCGUGUGCUGAUGUUUCCAAAGCUGUGCAAUCAACAAUUAAACUCUUUCCUGAGCUUGAUUCAUGGAUCAGCCUCCCAUUCUGCAAUAACACACAAUUAACUCCUACGGUAAAAGUUGUUAUAGGAGAAUCAUUUUCAGAACUGUCAGUGGCCAUUUCCAGGAUUCUAAGCCUUUAUUCUAUUCCCCAGAUAAGUACUGCAUCAUCUGCUCCAAGCCUUAGUGACAAAUUAAGGUUCCCUUCCUUCCUUAGAACCAUUCCAAGUGACAAACACCAAACACAGGCCAUUACCAAGCUCAUUAGCACUUUUGGAUGGAACUGGGUUGGAAUAAUUGCAAGUGAUGAUGAUUAUGGACGUUCUGCUGCUGAAUUGCUGAAAUCUUACUUUGAAAAAGAAAUGAUAUGCACUGCAUUUUCCAAGACUGUUCCCUCGUAUGUAGACCAUCCUUCUAUGCAAGAAUACAUUGAUAAUGUAAUCUCCGAACUUAAUAUUAGCACUGCAAACGCAGUUAUAGUAAUUGCAAAGGGAACCAUUGUCAUCAAAUUAUUUCAGGAAGCUAUAAGACUGAACAUAUCUAGAACAUGGAUCGCAACUGAUAUCUGGUCAACUUCGAGAGAAGUACUGAACAUGAAAGAUAUUGAUAAAGUUGGUGCUGUAUUUGGAUUGAUGUUCCAGGCUAAACUUGUUGAAGGAUUUACAGCAUAUCUGCAGAAUCUCAAGCCUCCACCGAAUGGAGCUACAAACAAUUUUUUGGAAGAAUAUAAAAAUAUUCGUUUUGGCUGUACCAAGGAAUAUAGAAAGCACUUAGAAUGCAUCAAUUCAUUAUCAAAAAACUGUUCUGUAUCUGAUUCUGUAAAGAUGAAAUCUCCCCUGGCAUGCAAAGUAGAGAAUGUAUCUCUUGCAAAUGAUGACUAUCUGGUGGAAAAUAUAGAAUGGAGUACACCAUACAGAGUAUCAUUAGCAGUUGCAGCCAUAGGGCAGUCUUUACACAAUAUUCUGUGCAGAAAUGGAACAUGCAUAAAGAAUAUGGAUUUGUCACCAGCUGAGAUACUGAAGGAAAUCCGAAAAGUCCAGUUUUUCUAUAAUUCUGACCCAUAUACCUUUGAUGAAAAUGGAGAUUUCUUUAGUGGAUAUGACAUAAUCAACUGGCACACAUCCUUACAACCACCAGUAUACAGAGCUGUUGGACUGUAUAACAUGGUAACAUCUGAAAUAAGGAUAGAUGAAACCCUACUCUUUUGGAACACUAAAGGCAAUGUCAUUCCUUUUUCUGACUGUGCCAAGCCUUGUCCCCCAGGAUAUUUUAAAAGACACUCCCUGAUUAGUUGUUGUUACCAAUGUAUUCCUUGUCCAGAAGACCAAUUCUCUUCAGAAACAGAUAUGAGUGAAUGCACUAAGUGUCCGGUCCAUCAGUGGUCAAACAAUGGAAGCUCCCACUGUGAAAACAGAACAGUUGAAUAUUUCCAAAGAAGUAACCCACUUGCUAUUACUUUAAUGAGUUUUGCAGCAUUUGGCUUUUUGCUGGUGCUAAUGAUAGGAGUUCUGUUUAUUAAGUACAGGGAUACAUCAGUAAUAAAAGAAGCAGGACAUAAUUAUAUUUACCUUCUCUUUGCAUCCCUAUUACUAAGCUUGGGGAGCACUGGAUUUUUCAUUGGCCAGCCAAGCAAUAUUAUUUGCAAGGUCAGGCAACCUCUCUAUGGGAUUGGCUUCACCAUAUGUCUAUCUUGUAUUAUAAUAAAAUCUUUAAAUAUUUUUGUUGCCAUUCACUCAACCAAAGGAGGCAACAGUGUUAAUUUGAUAUAUCAGCCAGCAGCACUUCUUAGUGGUUUAACUGGUUUCCAAUUCUGUCUUUGUUUGUUAUGGAAUAUUCUGAAAUCUCCUUUUGUCAGAGAAAUCUACACCAAGCCUGAAAUACUUAUUCUUCAGUGUGAUGAGGGAUCCUACGUGGCAUUUGGCAUGAUGUUGGGCUACACGGGCAUUCUUGCAUUAACAAGUUUUUUUCUUGUGUUUCAUGGUAAGAAGCUACAAAGCAGAUACAAUGAGGCUUGGUGUAUCAAAUUUAAUAUACUCAUAUUCAUGUUUGUAUGGACCAUAUUUAUUCCUAUCUACAUAAAUACCAGCGACGUGUAUCAGUCUGCAGUGCAAGUUAUUGCCAUGCUAGCAUCAAUCUAUGCAGUUAUAGCCUGCCAAAUUCUACCAACAUCAUAUAUUAUUCUGUUUAAAAGAAGAAAGAUUAGAAGUACAGGGAACACAAGCAAUCUAUUGAAGAUAUCUGAGCUGUCACUACAAAUAAAAAAUGAGGCAUUUUCACCAGAUAUUUCUCAACAGUAUUCCAGACAUAACAGUUCUUUACCACAAAGCAAAAUCAAUUUCAGAAGCACAAAGCAAACAGUUAGAAGGAGACACAAGAGCUAUUAGGUGGUGUUAUUCUAUCCCCCCUUGGCUAGCUUUGCCUUCAUUCUGAAAAUGUGGCUUGAUUCCUAAGGGCAGUCUGAUGCACUCACAGCUUUGUGCUCCCACUAGCAGGAAGUAAAGUGAGGAGCCUUGACUGGUUACAGAAGGAGAAAACUGUAGUUGAUCAGGUAGUUUUGGGCUAAGAGAAGUAGCAUUUUCAUAUGUAAGCUAGAAGGCAUUAGUGUUAUCACCUACCAUUAUCACCCAUCCAUUAUAUGGGUGCACUUUACAGUCCUUUUAUUUGCUUGAAGAAGGUAGUUGGCUUGGUAGAGAGACUCUACCAAGCCAAUCUAUGUUGAAUGACAGGCUUUCUAAUGAAAAAAGGUGCUCUUAUACAAAAGGUUUGUUUACAAUGUUGAUGUUACUGAAAAAUCUCUGUAACUUCAUUUUGUAUAAUUAUGUUUUGGUAACAAUCAUUAUUAAAGUUUUUUA